GUUUCUCUCCUGCAGAUGAACAGUAAUGGAUUGAUUGUGCGCUUGGCCAGGGUGCUACUCCUGUGCUGUACGUGUGUGGCCCUGCUGCAUGGUCAGGGUUUGGGUCCAGCCCAGGUGGACCCCCUGACACUGAACCAGGUGGACCCGCAGUGCUGGGAGUCCUCCUCCCUCCUACUUCUGGAGCUGCGUUCGCCGCGGAUCGCCGACAGCGUCCCGGCCUUCUGGGACCUCAUGCUCUUCCUGAAGUCCUCGGAAAACCUGAAGCAUGGUGCGCUCUUCUGGGACCUGGCUAGGCUCUUCUGGGACAUCUACGUGGACUGCGUCCUGUCACGGACCCACGGACUCGGUCGGCGCCAGCUGGCCACGCCCAGCUCUCCUGCCACUCCGGUUGACAGCUGGUAUCACUCUCUCAAGCAUUGA